ACUUCAUCGGCCUAUGCCGUGAACGUCAUUAUACUUUGGAGAGAGGGCGAGCAGUUCCAAAGCGGAAACCCCUCCCGAAUCCUGACUGCGGGACUCACAGACACAGAAAAAAAAGGAUACCAACCAAAUUAAAACAAACCACCCGGAAACACACGCACAUUCUACUGUAAAACAAGAAAACUACAUAAAAUAAAACGCCUAAGGAAAAAGUAGCAUUGACAUAAAACUGUCUGCACAACAACUCGGGAUAUUUUUUUCUUAACAGUGCUUGAAUGUUUUGAAUCGAGCGUCCAUAGGUGCUCCGACAUUACAAGAGAACUGGACCGACCGGGCAAUGAUUCCCAAUACCUGAAUUUCAAGGAUCCUGAGAGAAUAGGACAUGCAGACUUGAAGGAGCUCUCUGUACCUUGUGGAGAUUUGUGCCUUAAAGAAAAUGGGAUUUGGAAGAGAUCUUCAACAUUCCCACGAUGCAUUGUUGAAGCUGCAGGACUGGGAGUUAAAACUGCUGGAGACAGUAAAGAAGUUUAUGACUUUGCGGGUUAAAAGUGACAAGGAAUAUUCAUCUCUCCUUCAAAAUAUAAGUCAACAAGUAGACAAGCAUGAUAACUCCUCGCAAGUGGAUUAUGUCAGCAACGUUUCCAAGUCAUGGGCAUAUAUGGUACACCAGACAGAACAACUAAGCAAGAUAAUGAAGUCACACGCUGAGGACCUUAACUCAGGACCUCUCCACAGGCUCACCAUGAUGAUAAAGGACAAGCAGCAGGUGAAAAAGAGUUAUCAUAGCAUACAUCAGCAAAUCGAAUCAGAGAUGUGCAAGGUUACAAAAAACGAGCUGGAAAAAUUAAAAGGCACUUACAGACAAUUAACAAAAGAUGCCAAUUGUGCCAAAGAGAAGUAUAAAGAAGCUAUUAUGAAAGAUGUACUUCUAAAUGCUCCAGGCAAGGAACCUGAAAAGGCCAGAGACCGGUAUGACAAGGCAACAAUGAAACUCCACAAUCUCCAUAACCAAUAUGUGCUAGCAGUGAAGGGGGCCCAGCUACACCAGGAGCGGUAUUACGACGCUAUUCUUCCUCAGCUACUGGACUCCUUGCAGAAGAUGCAGGAAGAAAUGAUUAGAGCACUGAAAGGAAUUUUGGAAGAAUAUAGCCAGAUCACCAGUUUUGUAACAGAUGAAAUAGUUAAGCUUCAUGCAGACAUACACACCUCUCUAGAACAGAUUGACCCUUCUUCAGAGUAUGACAAUUUUAUUGAAGUUCACAGAUCACCCGAAGUUAAGGAACCAAGCGUGGAAUUUGAUGUUUCUCUGUUGGAAGAAGCCGAAAACCUUCACGCAAAUGAGAUCUUGUGGAAUAAUUUAACAGCUGAUAGUUUACAAGCAAUGUUGAAAACAGCAACAGAUGACCUAGCCCAAACUCAACAGACACUACUUAACAAAGAAGAACUGAUGCAUGACUUAGAAAGGAAAAUUGAAGAAUCUGCCAAAUCGUGUGAAAGUAAAUCCGACGUUGUCUUGCUGCUUAGCCAGAAGCAGGCAUUGGAAGAGUUAAAGCAGACAUUGCAAUUGCUGAGAUGCACAGAGGCUAAGCUGGCCGCUCAGAAAGAGUUACUGGAUAAGAAGAUGCAAGAGAAUGAUGGUAAAGAGCCCCCUCCUGUAGUAAAUUACGAAGAGGAUGAUGUCAGAUCUGUUGCUUCCGUGGAUAAAGGAAAAGACAAGACCUCGAAGUUGGACACCUUGCGGCAUUCUAUUGCUGGGAUUAUUCGGUCUCCAAAAUCAGUCUUGGGCUCCUCCUCAUUCUUUGAUGUGAUACCAACCAGCGAGAAACCAUUAGGAGACCAGGAUUGGUACCAUGGUGCAAUCCCAAGAAUAGAAGCUCAGGAGCUGUUGAAGCAACAGGGAGACUUUUUGGUCCGAGAAAGCCAUGGCAAACCGGGUGAAUAUGUCCUCUCUGUUUUUUCAGAGGGACAGCGAAGACACUUUAUCAUACAGUACGCAGAUAAUCAGUAUCGAUUUGAAGGCACUGGCUUUCCAACGAUUCCUCAGCUCAUAGAACAUCAUUACACAACAAAGCAAGUUAUUACAAAGAAGUCGGGCGUGGUGCUACUGAAUCCUGUUGUCAAGGAUAAAAAAUGGGUUCUCAAUCAUGAAGAUGUAACACUUGCAGAGUUACUGGGCAAAGGUAAUUUUGGAGAAGUAUUCAAAGGAACAUUGAGAGACAAAACUCAAGUUGCUGUAAAAACAUGUAAAGAAGAUCUACCACAGGAGCUAAAAAUAAAAUUCUUAUCAGAAGCAAGGAUACUUAAGCAAUACGAUCACCCAAAUAUUGUGAAGUUAAUAGGAGUCUGCACACAAAGACAGCCUAUUUACAUUGUAAUGGAACUUGUUCCAGGAGGAGAUUUCCUUUCCUUUUUGAGGAAGAAAAAAGAAGACCUAAAAACGAAACAGCUGGUGAAGUUUGCUUUAGAUGCUGCUUUAGGAAUGGCUUACCUUGAAUUAAAAAACUGUAUCCACAGGGAUCUUGCUGCAAGGAACUGCCUGGUUGGUGAAAAUAACUUGCUGAAGAUCAGCGACUUUGGAAUGUCUCGGCAAGAGGAUGAUGGGAUUUAUUCAUCAUCCGGCUUGAAACAGAUUCCUAUCAAAUGGACGGCGCCAGAAGCCCUAAAUUACGGGAGAUACAGUUCAGAAAGUGACGUGUGGAGUUAUGGCAUUCUUCUCUGGGAGACGUUCAGUUUAGGAGUUUGUCCCUACCCCGGAAUGACAAACCAGCAAGCCAGGGAGCAAGUUGAAAAAGGUUACAGAAUGACUUGUCCACAGAAGUGUCCAGAGGAGGUCUACAAAACAAUGCAGAAAUGCUGGGAAUACAAGCCUGAAAACCGGCCCAAGUUUGUUGACAUACAAAAGGAACUUGCAUCAGUAAAAAAGAAAUAACACUAUAGAGGAAGGACGGACAGACUUUUUCUUAUUUUAUAUAUGAAUCUAUAUCUUGGCAAACAGAUACACUGAUUGUUUGCCUCAUCAUCAAUACUAUCAUACUGCAUUAACACGUUUAAAAUCAUUUGUAAUGUUAGUAUCCAGUUGCUAGUGUCAUAGUGCCUUUUGCCUAAAACUAUUUGAGGGCAUAAAAAGGAAACAAAACAAAAAAAAACAGCCUAAACAUAGCUGCCAAAUAUUCUGCCAUCCCUAAAGUCAGAGGUGCCGUUUGUGUUCUUUUUAUUUAAUGGGGUGUAUUUCAUGCAUGGGGAAUUAAAACUGAGGUAAGCCCUUGAUAAAUGUUAUUUUAUUGUCUAAUUUAUUUAUAACGUCGGCCCAGAUGUUUAUGGGAAAUGAUAAUGCAGUUAUUUCCCUGCUUGGAGUUCUUUUCCCAAAGUUUACAACAAGCAAGUCCUCAUGGAAUUAAAUCCUAGUUAGCACCUUUGACAGGCUAGGUAAUUUCUUGAUCACAAAACCAAUACCACCCUCAUGUAAGGACACAAAAUAUAUCCUGUUGUCUGUAACUGUGAUUAACCAGCUUUUUGUUACUGUAAUUAUCAAGUGUUUGUUGAAUCUGUUUUUUUUAUGUGUAUUAUCACCAGUAUUUACCAAAGCCCAGCAUCUGCACAUCAUUUCAUACAAAUGAACUACCUGUACAGUAUGUGAAACACAUUUUUUUAAUACUUUAUUUUUAAAAACGUGGUCUUUUAAGGUGCAUUUUUAGGUUUUGAAAUACAUGUUCAUACAUUUUCUACAAAACAAAAUAAAAACGAAUUUGACAGGCAGACAGUUUUUUUGGUUUUUACAUUACCGUAUGUAGUCUGUGUCAUGUAGUAACCUUUGCUCUUCUUUACCAUAACACCAAAGAUCCAACACACAUUUCAACAGUAUUACAGAAACAUAAGAAGACCUUUCCACCUUUUUAAAGUGUUGAGGCAAGGCAUUUGAUGUUGUAAGGCAUGUGUUUACAGAGAGCUGUCUUAUUGUGUACCGUUGUCAUUGGUAAUUCACAGCAAUGGUCUGUUCUACAGUUUAAAUAUAAUUAAACUUGUGGAAUACAUUAGCCUCAUGCAUUUUAGAUAUAAAGAUGUUAAGCAUAACACUGUGUUAUGUAAUUAUUAACAUUAUUUGUUUUUAUAAGCAAGCUGUUCAAGGCAUUUGGCUAUGCAACAGUUUAGUCAUUUUUGUUUGUUUGUUUUUGCCUUUUUAUUAAAAUCCAACCACUUCAAAAAAUAGAAAGCAGUUUUAGAAGUAAAUUGAUGUCAGGGACCAAAGCUGCUGCUGUAUGUUCAUGUAAAAGAGUUUGUUUUUAUAACAUGUUGAGCCGGUUAUCCUGCAGUAUCUGGAUGUGGGUAGCUGGGCUAGGAGAUAUUUCCAAAUAUGGAAAUACAUUGUUUGAAGCAUGUACUGUUUUUCAACACUUAGAAAACAAAGUUGAAACCUUUACAAUCGAAAACUUUAAGUGAUGUUUAGAUUGAGAAGUGUCUGUGACUUUGUUUACCAGUAACAUGACUGACAGGACUGGCCUGGGUGAUUCAACCCACAAGGUGAAGUAAAGAAAAAUAAAACAUAAUUUUAAAUUCCUGUAUUCAAAGCUGCACUGCAUAUAGUUUCAAUACAUUGUGUAGCAUGGUGGUGUUUUUUUGUUCUUGUUUUAGUAUUUUGUACAUUUAGUUGUGUAAAUAACAUUAGGUGUGUGAUUUUACUUUUUGUUUUGCACACUAGAUCGUUUUUUUUUUUUUUUUUUUAAAAAGGCAUUGAGAUAUAGUUAUAUUAAUACAUUUCAAAAGGAAUUUCUGUGUACAUGAAAUGUCCCGAUUAGUAUGUGUUUCAGAGCUGCAGUUGUAGGAAAUCAAUAGGAGCCAAUCUGUGUUUUAUAGAACUGCAUAAGCCUAAACUACAUUCAUUUGGUGAAUUGUAGUUUAAGUCAACUAUCAGUUAACCCCACCCCUAAAAAAACAAGAAAUGAACACACAAAUGAUUAAUAUGCUCCUGCUGAUUAUUGCACUAAAAUCAUGAUUUUGAUAUAGCCUAGUGUAGGGGUGUAAUGAUCCAUUGUGUAUCAAUGCAUCAUGAUACUCUCUUCACAUGAUAUAUCGUAUCGUAAUAGAAGUAGGUAUCAUUUGAAUUGUGAUACAAGACUGAAAGCCCGAAACAGCUCAUUUCAGAUCACCACAUGGCUCUUGAAUGAAGAAUACGUGUGUUUUAUAGUUGGUAUGGAUACAUACUCUCACGGUCUCAUUUAAUUUGUAUCUUUUAACUAAAUGGUCCAUCAUUAAAUUACCAGUUGAUCUUAUUACGCAUCAUACAGGAGGCCAAUCAGGACAACCACAUGUAUUGUGAUACAUAUCGUACCACAGCCCGCAUAUCGCGAUAUGCUUAAAAAGCGUUGACUUAGAUCGUCCAACCUGACCAGUAAAGAAAAGAAAAAAUCACAUAACAUUUGGCAAUUAUUUUAACAGUACUGAGCGUAGUGUUCAUUUUAUUUGUUUACACAGAAGUUGGUUUGUAGUUGUUUAUUUCUCACUGGCAUGUAACUUGUGAAGAAUGAUGCUUAUUCCAGCCCUCAUUUUUUUUAAUGAAAUCGAUGUUAGAUCGAUGUAUCCAUGCCUGGUGCUUUUUAAGAUGUUUAUUCUGUGUUUAGUGGACAUGAUGACUUUAAAGAUAAGUGGGAGACUAGGUAUCUGCAGUUAAAAAAAAAAAAUUCAUUAGGCACAUUAUACAUUAUUUUGAAAGUGUUCAAAUAAUAAUAAGAAAAAAAACAUCUGUAGAAAACAGAAUUGAGGGGGAAAAAAGCUACGUACAUUGUUCUCACUCCAGUAAAAUACAAGGCGAGAAGGAUGCUUCCCUGCCAAAAACAAACUGUAAGCACAUCAUGUUUUGUGCCCCAAGGAGUAGCCUGUAAUUUAUGGCAUUAUUAAAGCUUCAAUCUGUUAUGCGUGUCUGUACCAGCUAGUAGGUUUUGAGCACAUUUUGACUGAACUUAUUUGUAACACUGGAAACAUGGACCUCCCCACACUCUUCUGGCAUAGAUGAGGAAAAUAUCGUGAGCCUUUUAUUGCUGUGCCCCUAAAUACUUUAGGUAGAAUUGUCCAUUACUUGUAAAUUGUUUAACAUAAUUCUUUUUUAUUAUUAUUAUUUAUUUGUGCUGAUAUUUUAAGGAUAGUGAUUUUACACAUAAAACCCCAAGCUACCAUUUUCCGUGUGUAAUUUUAUAUUGUUCAUGUUUGCUCUGUAUUGACGGCUGUAAUGGACCAAUCACAGUUAACAUGUCUUUAAGGUUCAUGUUUAUACUGUAUUCUUGCAAUAAAAACACGUGUAGUCUU